AUGCUUGACACAGCGCUGGUGAGCGAUACUCUCGGUUAUCUAUCCAUAGCUUGCUGGCUGGGAGCACAGUUCCCCCAGGUCAUAGAGAAUAUACGCCUGCAGUCAUGCGAAGGCCUUGCUUUACCUUUUCUCGCGAACUGGUUCCUUGGUGAUAUGACCAACUUACUCGGCUGCAUCCUCACGCACCAAUUGCCAUUCCAAAAAUACCUCGCGUCCUAUUUUUGUUUCGUCGACCUCAUCCUCGUCAUGCAAUACGUCCACUACCGCAAACCAACCCAAACAAUCCCCUACGCCCGCUCACGUUCCCGAACCGUCUCCUCCCUCACCCGUGGUUAUACUCCCGAACGAGCCGGACCAUCCCACUACCGCACCAUAUCGGCCGUAGCAGCCAAUGUCGCAGCCGCGGCCUCCCUCGCAGCCCGAGCUGAAGAAUCAGGACCCACUUCACCACACACCCGUUUACGAGGGCAUCAUUCGUCCGACGGUAUGAUGGACAGCGUGAUUUUGUCUGGGGAUAGAGAACGCACGGAGGAUGAAGAUGAGGUGGACGAGGCGCUUGCUGCGUUGGCUGACAGUUUCCAUUCCGAGAGCGGUCGCAAGCGUGUUUCUUGGAGUAGAGAGCGCCAUUUGACAGGAGGAAGGGGUCGCCAGUUACCAAAUGCUGGUAUGCCCUUGAUGCCUCAGCAAGAGGCGAUCGAGUAUCUCGCUCGAGGGCGCUCUUUGCAGCGUAAUGAGGUCCCUAGAGAUGCAGAGGGUGAGGAAGAGGAAGAGGAAGUGCGUAGGGCAGAGGAUGAGAGUCAGAGACGGCGAAGUUCUAGAGCUAGUAGGCGUGGUGCGAGCAUGGUAUUUAUGGGGGCUUGGGCCUUGUUCGGAGUUGGGACCUUGGUUCGCAAUGGCAGGGGUGUGGUAAACGAGAGUGGUUUGCGAGUAGGCCGUGUGUUGGGCGACAUUGAAGUCCCAGUCGCCACAGUACCACCUCUAGUCUCGCCAUCAUUGGACGAAGUGGCUGUUCCUCCACCAUCGGUCACAUUGAUGUUUGAGCAGCCAAUAUCGGAGGACAUGCCAGAACACGAACAUUUGCCACCACCUUCGACAGAGCGCAUCAUUGGACGUAUUUUCGCAUGGGCUUGUACGACCCUUUAUCUUACGUCUCGACUACCUCAGAUAUGGAAGAAUUUUGUGCGGAAAUCAGUGGAUGGACUCACUAUCAGUCUCUUCAUCUGUGCCUUCCUCGGAAACGUAUUCUACGUCUCAUCCAUCCUCCUCUCCCCGAACAUGCAACUUCCGCCUGCAGAAGCGCGCGCCUAUCUCUCCGAGAGUAUACCGUACCUACUAGGUAGCGGUGGCACGCUCAUGUUCGACGUAACCAUCGUCUCGCAAUUCGCUCUCUAUCGACACAAAGCUUCACCUCGGGAACGUGGACGGAGGACUUCCGUGUCGAGGCAUAUAGCUGAGGAGGAAGGGUUGUUGGGCGAGGAUGUGGAGGAAGGCACAACCACUCCUCAACGGCGACGGCACCCAGUAGAGGAUCGGACAUACACUGAGGAUUAGAGCGAUUUUAUUCGGACUGGGACUCUUGUGCUCAGAUUAUCUUGUUUCUUGUCUGUGUCGUGUCACCUCAUGCGUAUUUAUUCUGAACGUUGCAAUUUGUAUCUAUAACUCC